UUCCUGCAGCUGCAGUUUACUUUGUAUGUAUGUAUAUGUGUGUAUACAUAUGUAUAUAUAUGUAUAGAUUAGGAGCACACUGAGAUUGAUGAAUUUACAUAUUUUGCAAAUCUGAAUUUCAGUAGAAGCUGUGUGUGUACUCAAAACAAUGCCUACCUAAGCCUGGGUACACAGACACAGGGUUAUAAAGAACUGAUCAUUGGCAGGUGAAGUGCACACAUCUGUAAUGCCCACCACUUGGCAGUGAAGGCAGAAGGUAGAUAGCCUGGGCUACAUAGCACGACUGCUGUAUCAGAAAAGAAACAAAUUUAAAAACAACAAAAAUUUAAAAAAGAAAACACCUAGAAAUGAUCAUUGAAACCACUCUAGAGAGAAUUAACAGAGGACUGAAGACCUAGCUUUUAAAAAAAAAAAAAAAAAAGUAGAUGGAGGAGAAAAAAAUUCAGCAAAGAGAAAAAAAAAUCCCAAAUCAAAAGAAUGCGCGCGCGCCCACACACGCCCACACACACACAGACUCUCCACAGUGCUUGGUGAAGACUUAAAUAUUUCCUGAGUCGGUGGAAGAAAUAAAUUUCAUGAGGAUGGCAGAGUGCAGACAGUCACAAAUGAGGUUGGUCCUUAAGAAAAACGAACUGGAUUCCCAUUCUACCCAGAAAGUGCCGCGCUUCCUGCUUGACCCCCCGCCCGGGCGCAAGUGCUGCGCAGCGCUAAGAACGUCAUGCUGUUGCUGAGGAAGACAAAACUGGCUCAAAGUUCCAGACUCUGAUCGUUUUAAUGGCCGAGACAGGAGGUGGCAGCCUAAAACCCCCGGCCUCCGUGGUAUAGAUGAAGUCUCAGGUUACAGCGUGAACCAGCCAGAAAAGCAGCAGCCCGCCCGAGGAGCCCAGGCACAAGGGGGAACGCGCUGCCGGUGGUCGGGGGCGACUGUCGGGAACCGUGAAAAAAAAGAUGAGCACACUCGGCUGUGCCCCCAGGGACGACGGUGAGGAGAAGGACGAGGACGUGAGUGAACACGGCGAGAUCGAUCCGAAGCCUAAAGGCAAGAAAGAGCUGGAGCUGCACGCGAAACGGGAACCGGACGAAAGGGCCGUCCGCAUCCCCAUCCCGGAAGUGCUCCAGCAGCGGCUGGCGGACGACUGUUACUACAUCAACCGCAGGCGGCGGCUGGUGAGGCUGCCGUGCCAGACCAACGUGGGGGCCAUCCUGGAGUGCUACGUGCGCCACUUCUCGGCCAGCGCGCUGGCCUCGGGGGACCGGCGCCCGCAGCCCCAGCGCGCAGCGCCCGAGAGGAACGUGGGCCUUUGCAGGGAGAUGGCGGACGGGCUGCGCAUCACCUUCGACCACGCGCUCCCCUUGGUGCUGCUCUACCCCCAGGAACAGGCACAGUAUGAGAUGGUGACUUCCUCCACCUUUUUCUUUCCCACGGAGGAGAAAGCCACCACCGAUCCAGCCAGGAGCCAGGAGGGGCCCUGGCCUGGCCCGUCCACACCGCAGCCCUCCUCGGAGAGCCAGCCCGUGGCGGGGCCGGCCGCCCCCAAGAGGCGCAAAGCGGAGGCGGAAGCGCCGCGGGCUCCCAGGAGGUCCAUGCGACACACCACCCACUGGCAGUCCGAGGACCGGGCCUCCCCUCAGGCCAAGCGCAGUGUGCCCAAGCUGUUCCCGCACUUGCAAAAGACACCUGUGCACGGCGCAUCACCUUCCCCCCUUGCUCUGGCUCUAGGGACGGAAGGGAGUGCAAUGUUUGCUGGCUUGGAAGGGACAAGUGAGGAAAUAAAUGAGGUCCUCUCCUGGAAGCUUGUGCCUGACAAUUACCCACCAGGACACCAGCCACCUCCUCCCUCAUACAUUUAUGGCGCCCAGCAUUUACUGCGAUUGUUUGUGAAACUUCCAGAGAUUCUUGGGAAGAUGUCCUUCACUGAGAAGAAUCUGAAAGCGUUACUGAAGCACUUGGAUCUCUUUCUGAGGUUUUUAGCAGAGUACCAGGCUGAGUUCUUCCUGGAGUCGGCGUAUGUCUCCGCCUGCGAGGCGCACUACAGCAGCAAGAACCCCAGGACAAUCUGUUAAAGUUUUGAGGGCUCUGUAAACACAGCCGCGCUCCACCUGGCUCGGUGUUUUCUGUUCUAGGUGGGCCCACCCUGGGGGAGGAGGGGCUCGGAGAGCGGGCAGGCUUGGGUAUUUGAGGUAUUCCCAUACUGUAGUUUUUUUUGUUGUUGUUGUUGUUAAGAAUGACUUCCUGAGCUAUGUGUGGUUGUCAUGCCCAUAGGGAGGUAAAGUGGCUUCAUUAAUUAAAAACAAACAAACAUACAUGCUAUUUCACCGGCUGUGAGUGACAGCAAGAAGCAGCCACUGCUGUGUUCGGAGGGAACAUUCAUGAAAAUAAACAUGGGUUAGGCUGUCUGUCAGACAUCACAGUAGGUUGUUGGCAAGAACCACACUGUAGAUAUUUCUUAGCAUUCAAAUGUUUUUGAAGACUUUUCUAGUGUGAUGAGACUAGAGAACUGUUCAGCACAUGUGAGCUCAGCACAUGGACAUAGGGUCAUCUCAAUAUUUUAGGGGAAAAUCUUCUGACAGUAAAAGAGAAUUUGCAACUAUAGAGUCUGUAACUGUUCCCUUUCUGUGAAACGUUAUUCUUGGUGAUCUAAAUAAAGCAUUAUUUGUCUUGUUUGAAAAAAA